GAGAGAGAGAGAGUUGUGUGCGAAUUGUAUACUGAACUUCCUAUAUUCCCUCUUCAUAUAUUCAAAACAACAAAUCUUUGUUUCUCUCUGUCUCUCACAACUUCCCAAGAACCACCGUUCCCUUUUUGGUUUUUAAAAUUCGAACGCAGAGAGAAACUGAUCGGAGAAUGGCGACGGAGCAUAUAACCCGUAAGGCAGAUGAAUACAGUGUCGAGCUUUUACCUAGCGACGACGAUGCGCCGCCGCCGCUUUCAUCAUCGUGGCGUCUCAGCCUCGAGACAUUUCGACUUCCUUCUUCACUUUCGUCCACUGGCCGUCACGACGGUCGUACACGCUUCUCUCGUUACUUCCGUACUCCCAGAAAGGAACGUAAAGUGUAUGAAUACUACAAAAAGCAAGAGAGGCUCCUCGAGGGUUUCAAUGAGAUGGAGACUAUCCACGAAACCGGUUUUACAUCUGGAGCUCCAACUGAGGAAGAAAUGAAGAAGCUUGCAAAGAGUGAGAGACUGGCUGUUCACAUCUCAAACGCUACAAAUUUAGUGCUCUUUGUGGCAAAGGUUUAUGCCUCUAUGGAGAGUAGAUCCAUGGCUGUGAUUGCUUCAACUUUGGACUCUCUCUUGGAUCUUUUGUCUGGUUUUAUUCUGUGGUUUACAGCUAAUGCCAUGAGCAAACCAAACCACUUUCAUUAUCCUAUAGGCAAACGACGCAUGCAGCCUGUGGGCAUCAUUGUGUUUGCUUCCGUGAUGGCAACUCUUGGACUGCAAGUUUUGCUAGAAUCAGGAAGGCAACUAGCCUCCAAGAAUGGUAUUCAUAUGAAUAGCACAGAGGAGAAAUGGAUGAUCGGGAUCAUGGUCUCUGUCACCAUCAUUAAGUUCUUACUCAUGCUUUACUGCAGGGGAUUUCAGAAUGAAAUAGUUAGGGCCUAUGCUCAGGAUCACUUCUUUGACGUUGUGACUAAUUCAAUUGGCUUAGCAACAGCCGUCUUGGCUGUCAAAUUCUACUGGUGGAUUGAUCCCUCUGGUGCUAUACUUAUCGCUUUGUACACCAUAGGAACAUGGGCAAGAACCGUACUAGAGAACGUCCAUUCACUGAUAGGACGCUCUGCGCCGCCAGAGUUCUUGACGAAACUGACAUUCUUGGUAUGGAACCAUCACGAACAAAUCAAGCAUAUUGACACUGUCAGGGCCUAUACGUUUGGGUCACACUACUUUGUGGAGGUGGACAUUGUUUUGCCAGAGGAUAUGAGACUACAAGAGGCUCACAACAUAGGGGAGACACUUCAGGAGAAGCUCGAGCAACUUGCUGAAGUGGAACGAGCUUUUGUUCACAUAGACUUUGAGUUCACUCAUCGUCCUGAACACAAGUGUAAUUAGACUUUGAGCUUUGUAGAAAAACACAGAUCAUAAAAGAUUCAUGACGUGAAUGAUAAGUUAUCUUCUAGUGUUAGUCCUUCAGUUUAUGUUCUCAUCAUGUCGUUUUGUCUGUAUGGAAAUCGAAUGAAUGUUGUUUCUUUUCA